ACACCGGGGCUAGUCCCGGAACAAACCGGGAUAUACCGGGACUAGUCCCGGGACAAACCGGGAUAUACCGGGGCACACCGGGACUAGUCCCGGGACACGCCGGGAUAUACCGGGACACACCGGGACUACUCCCGGGACGCACCGGGGCACACCAGGACACACCGGGAUAUACCAGGAGACACCGGGACUAGUCCCGGGACACACCAGGACACACCGGGACUCCCCACGACCCUCCGGGAUCGCCCGGAGCCGCCGGGCCAUGAGCGCCGCGGAGCCGCCGGGCCGCGGGAUGCUGUUCGCCGAGACGCAGCUGAGGCGGCACGGCUGGCGGCGAGGGCAGGGGCUGGGCCGGCGGGAGGACGGCAUCGCCGAGGCCAUCCGGGUGAAGGUGAAGUGCGACACGGCGGGGGUGGGACACGACGCGGCCGAGCCCUUCACCUUCCAUUGGUGGGACCACGUCUUCAACCAGGCGGCUGCCAACAUCGCUGUGGAGGCUGGGCAGGAUGGCAUCUCUGUGAAGGCGCUUUCUGAGCCCAGAGGCAGCAUCAGCAAUAAGAAGCCACGCAAGGCUGGCAGCAGCGGGAGCCUGCUGUACGGCCGCUUCGUGAAGUCAGCCACGCUCACAGCCUGUGGGGAGGAGUCUGUGACAGCACCCAGCAGUGAGGAGGAGGAGGAGGAGGAGAAGCUGGACCUCUCUUCGGUCAGGAGGCUGACAGACGAGGAGCUGGUGCAGGCGUGCGGGGGUCGCACAGCACACAAGGGUGCCCGUCACGGCCUGACCAUGACUGCCAAGCUGGCGCGCCUGGAGGAGCAGGAACGAGCCUUCCUGGCCACGUACCAGCAACGGGAGCAGCAGCAGGAGCCCCCGGGGAGCAGCCAUGGCAAAAAGAAGAAGAGGAAACAGUCCAGGGAUGGAGCCAACCCCGAGGAACCAACCAGAGAACAGGAGGAGGUGUUGGAAGAAGAAAAGGUUGUGAAGAGGAAGAAAAAGAAGCGGGGGCCAAGCAGAGAAGAGGAGCUGACAGGAGAGGAAGAGGUCAUGAGGAAGAAGAAGAAGAAGAAGAAGAAGGUGAUCACGGAGCCAUGUGGAGAAGAGGUAUCAGGAGAGGAGGAGAAGGUCAUGAAGAGCAGGAAGAAGCCAGAACUCAGCACAGAAGAGGAGGUGGUAGAAGAGGAGGGGAAGGCUGCAAAGAGGAGAAAGAAGAAAAAGAAGAAGAAGGAAGAGAAGGACCAGGAAGAGCAGGACAAAGAGGAGCCAGCUAAAACAGAUGUACCUCUCCAAGAGACGGAUGAGCGAAACUUGGGGCACAGCCCUACAAAGAAGAGGAAGAAGAAGAAGAGGAAGAGGGAGCCAGAGUGAGAAGUGCCUUGGCUGCCAUACUGUGCAGCUGCCAGUCCCACCUGGCUGUAAGGGUCCUGAUCCCGGUGCUGGUGGUUGCCAUGGGGUUCUCUGAGCUUGUUCCACAUGGAGCCCAGCACUGUGGCCCAGCUGCCUGCGGAUGCUGGGCUAAGAAAAGUUGUUCUGGAGCUGGAUCAAGCUUUACUUCACCACCUGAACCUUCAGGAAUGACCCUGUUUUCCCCCAGGCCCUUAGGCAGGGACCCAUUUGCCAUGGGCCUGCCACAGAAGGACACGAGGACACACCCUGCAGAGUACUGAAGUAUUUUUUCAAGGGCAUGAAUAAAUCUUUAUUGUAAUCA